GAGAAGGAAUUUGAUGCUAAGUCGGAUGAAGGAAUUUUCUUAGGUUAUUCUCUUCGUAGUAAGGCAUAUAGAGUGUUCAACAAGCGUACUAAGACCGUAGAGGAGUCUAUUCAUGUUGUCUUUGAUGAAUUUGAUGCUCGCUUGGCGAGAAAAGGUAUUGUUGAUAAUGUUGCAGGUUAUGAUGAUUGGAAGAUCAUGAUGGAAGCACACCUUUACGCCCUACAUGAUUGCAUGUGGAUGGUGCUUGAGGAUGGACCCUAGAAAAUCCAAAUGGAGAACCCUAAGAGGAAUCCAGCCAAUCCUGAUGUUGUCCAGUACAUUCCAAAGCCCAAGGAAAAAUGGGAUGAUAGAGAUUGCAAAAAGCACAAUCUGGACAACGUCGCCAAAGCAGCCAUCUUCAAGACACUUGAUCCCAUCACCUUCUCCAAGAUCAAGCAUCUCAAGACUGCCAUGGAGAUUUGGCAAGGUCUUGGGAAGCUAUGUGAGGGAUCAGAGGACCUGAGAAAGCAGAAGAUAGAAGUCCUGCUUGAGAAGUUCAAAAGCUUCAAAAUGCUUCCCGGAGAAUCAUUUGAUAUGUUGGAUGAAAGAUUCCACAAAAUUUUAAAUGAUCUUGCAUCACUUAACCACGUUCUUUCUCCCAAAGAAAAGAAUGUAAGGUUACUGAGAUCUCUUCCAACUGAGUGGUACACCAAAGCCACAGCCAUGGAAGAAGGAAGAAACCUGGAGAACUACACAGUCCAAGGUCUCCUUGAUGAGCUCAGAACCUAUGAGCACGAGCUGAAGAAGAAGAAGGAAGAACAAGUCACUCCCUUCCCCACGGCGUUAAUGACAACUCCAAGAGUCCCAUCAAGUGAAGGGACAUGCACAAGGAACUGUGACACACCUUCCUCCAGCCAGCCGUCAAGCUCAAAGAUGGAGAACUACGAUGAGGAAUUUGCCAUGAUGGUCAAACAACUCCGGAAGUUCAAGAAGUUCUUCAAGAAAGCUGACUCAGUCAGAAGGCCAUCCAAGGGAAAGCCACAGGUAAGUGACUCCCCUCCUGAAUCCUAUUUAUGUUAUAACUGCAGGAAGCCUGGUCAUUGGAAGUCAGCAUGCCCGUACCCAAAAGUGGAGAAGUACGGAGAAAGAGAAAGGAACGAGAAGAAAAGAAGGCAAUGGUUGCAGCUGAAAGUGACGAGUCAUCCAGUUCAAGCUCAGAUGAAGAAUCCCUCGUCUGCAUGGAGCGCAAAGCUGAGAAGUCCAACCAUGAGGACCGGUGGACUAUGUCAGAAGAUAACACACUCUGCCUUAUGGCCAAAGAUGAUGCCGAACAAGAGGUAACCUCACAAACCUCCUGCUCAUCUUCUUAAGUCCAAAGAAGCAGUGGAUAAGCUUCUUGAAACGACUAAACAAAAUGGUCGUGA